AUGCCUAAUUCCUCUGGAAAGCAGGGUUUUGCAGGUGGAAGAACAGCGUCAACUGUGCAGUCGCCUGGUACUAUAGCUACGCCUGGGACCGCACUUGAUUGGCUUGAAACUUCGACGCGCCAACAAGACAUGACUGGUGGUGUUCAAGGCCAGAGAGAUUUGAUACAAAGUGAUCAAAUUACCAGUAACGACGGCCAAAGCUCAUCAGCGAAUAGCCAUUUCAGGCGUGACGCUGAAGGGCCGACGAGUAUCGUUGGUGAUAUCACAGACACCUAUUCGUUGCCCACAAACUGGCUUCCAUUUGAUGAUGUCCCACUGAACCGCUCGUUCCUACAUAGUCUUAACGACAUGCCCCGUCUAGAACCUGCAACUGCUCCCCAGAACCCUGAGACGCAAGCCUUGCUUCCGAUUCUCCCAGAGAUACACGAGCAAAGCUUACAGCAGGACCAUGUUUCUGCCUUGAUUGCCUCCAUGGCCUCAAACAACCAAAGGAAAGCACAGUCUUCGGAAAUCAGUGAAGAUCCUUCGCUCCCCUGCAUUAAAGCCACGCAUUAUUCAGACGGAGCGGGUUUCAGAGAAAGCCGAGCAGAGAGAUACAUGCGACAACGACGCGCUGCAUAUGGCGAAGAUCAUGGACCAAGUCCGGACCAGCAGAUUCAAAUAUCAUGGAUCAGCGACCUAGAUGCCAGAGUCGAGGCAGCGAGCCAACGGAAUGAAGCCUCCGGUGACGUCCCAGAUAGUAUAUUCGAGGAGCUCAUGUCAAGACUGGACUCUCAUGCUACCAGCUCCCACAUACUUGCCGACUUUGCCGCACACAAAGAAAGUCUGCUAACGAAAAGCACAUUUCAACUAUUUGUCAGCCUUUACUUCGAGCACUUUCACCCGGUAAACCCUUUUGUUGACGGAUCGCAUUUGUCUAUUCCCCUCUGGGGCUGGAGCCUGUGCCUAGCUACCGCUGCCAUUGGGUCUAAAUACUUUGGUUCUGAAGAAGUUAAUCGCUUUGGGGAUUGCUUAACCUGCAUCCUGCAUGAGCUCAUGGCAAGAGAACUCGAUUUUGUCAACUCCCAGGAGCCGUUGCCUUACAUACAGGCCCGGAUCCUGGCGUCAGUUGGACUCUGUCAAAGUCGUCAGCCGGAGCUCCUCAGAUGCGGGUACAAUGCCUUAGCGAUGGCAGCGCAAGCAUGCCUUCGGCUUCGCUUGCUGAGUGAGGAUGAUAAUAUCGGUUCAUAUCAGGAUGAUCAGAGUCUGGAGCAGAAGUGGAUCACCUGGCGAUUUCGAGAAACACGAAGAAGGACGGGUCUUUUCAUUUGGCUAGCCAGUUGUUAUUUCGCUCUUGCUUCUGAGCAUCACCCGUGCUUAUUCCCCGAUAAGCCUCAACUGCGGCUUCCAUGCCGAGAGGAACUAUGGGCGGCCAAGUCGCCACAGGAUUGGUCUACAGCAAGGUUAGCAGACCGAGAUGCCGAUCCAACAGCCUUCUCUGCAGAAGAAGCCUCACGACCUACAGUGCCUGAAGUAACUUUGGAGCUUUGGCGAGACUUGAAAUCUCAGCAUUCGACGAAUUUAUUUGCGACCAUAGUCAUAAUCCACAUGCUGGUGCAUCGCCGAUGGAACGCCAACGAAUACUUGGCUGAUGCACUUCGCGACAUGCCACAAGGAAAUCAGCCAAACUUCAUCCACGCACCUGAGAGAAGGUACCUUGGUUCAGUACCCGAAUACAUAAAGUGGCGCAAUCAGUGUUGUGACUGCUUGGAUGUGCUGCACUGGGAAGCACUAAGUCUAUCAGCCAAGGCAGAAGGACUUGAAGAUCCAGUAUUACUGCAUCUACAUCUAGCCCGACUCUCACUCCUUGUCCCAGUCCAAGACCUACUCACCUUUGCUGCCCAGAAUACUCUCUCGGGGAUUGUACACAUGACCCCCAGUAGUCUCUAUCGCCAUGGUACCUCCAGCUUAGGACCAAGACAGACUAUCAAGAUCUGGGCGACUCAAGAUCGAUAUAAAGCUCGUCUGGCAGUGAUACAUGCCGGGGCUGUUCUGUGGCAUGUGAGGAGAUACUCAUCAGACUCCAUUGUCGAACCAUUUUCUCUAUUUCUUGCAUCUUUGGUCCUUUGGGCUUACGGGCAAACCUCGAAUAUUCGAAAGGUUUACGAAUCUGCAUGUACUAUAGCACAGUCUCCAUUGAGCGACAACGAGGACUCUAUGAGUCCUUCGACUACGACACAGGGUUCAUUAGGAAGCCAUGCGAUAGGCGAUAACAUGUCAAGAAGACGGCGAAUGCCAAGGACCAUGCAAUUAGAUAGGCCGAUGGACGAUGAACUUGUUCAGUACUUUAUAAGAUCUGGUGAGGACUUGCGUCUUCCUCUUGAGGGAGUGGAUGACCUUUGUGCCACCAAAGGUCCAUUACAGAUUCUGCAAGAAGUGUCGAGUUUACUGAUGGAACAGCACAAGCCUUGGGGUAUUUCUGAGACUUACGCUAGAUUUCUACAAGACCUAGGAGUGCCGCAGUGGGAUAGAUGA